AUGAUUGGUCAGACUUGCGCAGGGAAGCCAUGUGGCUCAUUCGGCGACAUUAGCACUAUGAGCUUCUACCCGAACAAGCACAUCACAACAGGUGAGGGUGGCAUGGUUCUGUGUGAUGACCCAGAGCUGGCGGAUCGGUGCAGAAGGCUUCGAAACCUGUGCUUUGACCCGAAGAAGCGGCGUUUCGUGCAUGAGGAGCUGGGUUGGAACUACAGGAUGACCAACCUGCAGGCCGCAUUAGGGCUUGCGCAGCUGGAAUUCCUGGAUGCUGCAGUCAUUCGUAAACGCGAGAUCGGACAGCUCUACAGCUCCCUGCUGAGUGGCUGUCCGGGGUUGGUGCUACCACCCGAUGUAAAUCGGCAGAACGAGACGAACAUCUACUGGGUGUAUGGGGUAGAGCUGCAGGCCUCUGUGCCGGCUGAUGCAGAAGAAGUCAUGCGUCGUCUUGCUGAUGCCAAGGUGGGUACAAGACCGUUCUUCUGGCCCAUGCACGAGCAACCCGUGCUCCUCCAAAUGGGCCUCUUCAAAGGUCUCAGCUUCCCAGUGGCAGAGCGAAUCGCAAGGAGAGGUUUCUAUAUACCAAGUGGCCUCGCCUUGACAGACGAGGAGAUCACAGAGGUUUCAAGACGGGUCCGAGCCGUUAUGGAAAGCCUUGCAAGUUCUGGCUCAUCCUGA